AUGACAGAUUCCAUCAUCAGCCUCGACUCCCACCACAACCGCAACCGCAGCCACGACAAAGACACCGACGACGACAGCAGCCUCGACAAGCCCCGUGACGACCACCAUGGCCACUCCAGCCACCGUCUCACCAGCCACGGCCUGACCGCCCACAGCCGCAUCUCGGCCCUCAUCCGCCACGCCAGAAGCCACCAUCGUCUCUACCUCGUGGUGCUUCCCACGCUCUACUUCCGCCUCUGCCCCAUCAUCUUCACGCACAAUUCCGGGCCGCUCAGCGUCUACCUCGCCAUCGUCCUCGUCUACAUACCGGCCAGGGUGAUACUCGCCGCCUGGCAGCACUUUUCACCGUCCUACGCGGCCAAGAGGCGCAAGAGGAGGAGCAGCUUCCUGCUGCCGUCCAAUGGGGCAUCUUCUUCGUCGCAGAGGGCCAGCGGGGCUGGGACAGGGCGAGGAUUGCUCAAGCCGCUGAUUUGGCUGUGCGGUGCACUCUUCAGCUUGUGGGCUUACACGAAAGGCAUCGCAUCGCCCUUCCCAACCGCAUCGUCCAUUGUGGCCUCUUCGCCGACACUACAAGCACAUAGGGCCCAGAAUGCGAGCUACUUCAUCGCCGCCUCCUUCUGGAACAACGACGCGAUACUGGACUCGUGGACCUCGCAGACGCUCGAGCUCAUCGACACGCUGGGCCGCGCCAACGUAUACGUAUCCUUGACGGAGAAUGACAGCGAGGACAACACCGCCAGCAAGCUGCUGCACUUUGGCCGCGAGCUCACCAAGCGCAAGGUGGCGCACAACGUCAACAUCACGACCGACCUGCGCGGGGAUCCGCCCGAAAACCCCUGGCACAGCAUCAGGCACAGGAUGGGGUACAUGGCAAACCUCCGCAACGGCGCCCUGGAGCCUCUCGGCCAGCUCAACAGGCGGUUCGAAAACGUGAUUGUGCUAAACGACGUUGUGUAUCAUCACACCGACGUCCUGAAGCUGUUGGCGGCCGUGGGAGGAGAUGAUGUCAAUGGUCCACAUGCCGAGUCCCCCUUGUCGCACACGGUGACCAAGCCAGGGAAGAGGCGGAUGGCGUGCAGCAUUGACAUGGACGGCGCAACGUUGUACGACACGUGGGUGCUCCGCGAUCGCUGUGGGAGAACUGCUAGCGGCUUCUGGCCCUUCUUCGCGUCAGAGAGAGACAGGAGAUCCGUACGCGAGGGGCGCGUGCUCGAGGUCGGCACCUGCUGGAACGGCAUCGUGGUUCUCGAUGGAGACAUGCUGCUCGACCCGCCUCUGCGCAGCAAGAGUGCCGACUGGGACGCGGACACGCUUCGCUUCCAGCAGCCCCCGGAGUGCAUCAUAUCCGAGUGCACACUGCUGCCCUUGGCCAUUACCAAUAACACGGGCGGCGCCCCGGUGGUCAUGGAUCCCUCCGUGAUAGUGGGCUACACCGUCCACUGGUGGAGGUACUACGCCGUCUGGCUACGUUUGCCCAUUGUGCAGCUGUGGAUGAAGGUGUUCGAGGAGGGAUACUGGGGCCUCUGGUGGACAUUGGGGUUGGGCAAAGGGCUAAGAUGGAACGGCCUGGACGGCGGCAAGGAGAAGAACGAGUGCGUCGUCACAGGGUGGCCCGUCUGCGACAAAGACGAGUACGCCGUCAAGGGAGGGAUGAGAUUUGGCAACUGA